AUGGAGCAUAACAACUCAUUCGUUCUCAAAGAUGUCAAAAUAUUCACUGGACACGAAAUGAUCGACAAGGGCUAUGUGUAUGUAAAGAAUGGAAUCAUUACCCAAGUUGGUAUCGGUGGCUUUGCCGGAGAUACCAAGGACGGGUUACUGGUCAUUUCGCGGCCUGGUGAUACGGUGAUUCCCGGACUGAUCGAUGCUCAUAUCCAUGCACUUGGCGGAGAUAUCAACAGCAUCGAGCAGUCCUUGAGAUUUGGUGUCACUACGGUUUGCGAUAUGCACAACGAGCCAAGCGAGAACGCCAAACUGAAGGACUUGGCCAAUCUCUCGGAGAGCAAGUCGACCUAUGCAGACUUCAAAUGCGCCGGCUUGGGCGCUGUGAUCGAAGGCGGAUGGCCUAUCCCUGUGAUCAGAAGGGUAUUCGCCGACAACCCGUGCGGAGAUCACAUCGUCGACCAAAUUGUCUCGACGUGGCCAAUAUUGUACAAACCAGAAGAUGCGGAGCCCUUCGUCAAGCAACAGGUUGAAGAGAACGGAGCAUCUUACAUCAAGAUGUUCCACGAGAUUGGCGACACUCUAGGCAUGGAUCUUCCGCGCCCUCCGAUGGAUAUCCAGAAAUCCGUCGUCGCUGCCGCGCACAAAUACGGUGUUGUAACCACAGGCCACGCAUUCAGCUACGCUGGUGCCAUGGACCUCCUCCGCGCCGGUGCUGACGGAUUGAGCCACAUGUUCCUUGAUAAGCCACCUAGCGAUGACUAUGUCCAGAUCAUGUUGGACAACAAAGCGCACUGUAAUCCGACUCUUGGACAGUGUGCCUCGCAGACGGCAGAAGGCCAAGACUUCCAAAAAUCGUUCUUUGAGGACCCAUUUGCCCAAAGAAUGCUCAUCCGCAAGACAGCCGGAGAACCUAUGGGGAUGGCAGCGAAGCAGAAGCCCACGUCCUCUGUGCUGAAUGCAUAUGCCAACACCAAGGCUUUGUAUGAAGCGGGGGUUCCUCUCGUUCUGGGAACUGAUGCUGCUGGUGGAAGCGUCGGUCUACCUUACGGCCUUGGCAUGCACAUGGAGAUGCGGGUGCUUGUUAAAGAGGUUGGCAUGUCACCAUUGGAUGUCCUCAAGUCUGCCACAUCGAUUACUGCAGAACGUUUGAAAUUCCCAGAUCGUGGAAGGGUCGAGAGCGGGAGAAAGGCAGAUUUGGUGUUGGUUGAGGGCGAUGUCCUUGAAGUGCUGUCCCUGGGUGAUGGUAAAUGUCUUCCCAUCAAGGCAGUAUGGAGAGAGGGGUUACUCUCAUCGAGUUUCACUCUAUGA